UGACGACUGCCGGAGCGAUCGGUUGUGCCAGCUCUCCAUAGUUAGCUGCUGUUUUUGUGUUGCGUCUCGUGCUGCGCGCUGUGCUUCCAAAUACGUUCACUGAUCAACAGACGUCAUCGCCAGAGACGGACGUGUCGCUCGAUUGAUUUGUUGCAAAGAGCAAACAAAAAACAAAUAUAUACAGAUAUAUUAACAAAAACAAAUUGGUUUGCACAAUGUCGAAAAGUCUGCGCCCUCUUAAAAUAACCAUCGUGGGCGAUGGCAUGGUGGGUAAGACCUGCCUCCUGAUAACCUACACACAAAACGAAUUUCCCGAGGAGUACAUACCGACUGUAUUCGAUAAUCAUGCCUGCAACAUAACAGUCGAUGAUAAUGAAUACAAUUUAACACUAUGGGACACGGCCGGUCAGGAGGAUUACGAAAGGCUGCGCCCAUUAAGUUAUCCAAAUACGAACUGCUUCCUGUUGUGCUAUUCCAUCAGCAGUCGCACCUCGUUCGAGAACAUCAAAAGUAAAUGGUGGCCAGAAAUUCGUCACUUUGGCGCCACUGUGCCUGUGGUCCUGGUGGGCACUAAGCUGGAUUUGCGUAUACCGAAUUCAGAAAAGUUUGUAACCACACAGGAGGGCCGACGAUUGCGCAAGGAGAUACAUGCGCAUCAAUUGGUCGAGUGCUCCGCGAAGAAGAAGAUCAAUUUGCAGCAGGUGUUCGAAGAGGCGGUGCGAGCGGUGGAGAAGAAACCAGGAAAGAAGCCGCAAACGUGCAAAAUACUUUAAUUAAAUCCUAUGCCUAAUGUUAAAUAUUGUUAUACGUAAUUGUAUUAUGUAAUUGUCUAAUUCGUGAGCAUUCGAUUCGCCUGUUUCACAGUGUGUGUAGAAAAAUGUAACGUUAAGCUCUUAUUUUAAGUUGUAGUUGUCUGAAAACAAUUUUCGUAUGCGACCAAAGUGCAUUUUUUUAUGUAAAAAUCAAAGCAAAAAUGUAACUACAGAAUUGUUUGAAUAGAAAUGCAUGAAUGGCAUUUAUAUAAAUAUUUGCGCCAGAA